UAUAUAUAAUAUUAGUCAGUUUAAAGUCCUUCUCAAGCUUUUAGGCUUUACGUGAACGAUGUUUAACCCGUUUCGGCAUCCUAUGCUAAGUUUAGGAGAAGAUGAUGAGCCAAGUUUUCCGAUUGGAAUUGGAUCAUCUCAAUAUAGUAAUGGUGGACCCCCUCAUGGUAUACUAAUGAUUGGAAGUAGCAAUGGUGGACCCACUCAUGGUAUGCUAAUGAUUCGAAGUCGGGAAUACAAAUGUCACAGGGGGCACAAUCAUAAUGAUCAAGGAGAAGUUGAACACUGUAACCGAAUGUCAAUGAUGACUUUACUAGCAUCAAAACCUAACAGAUGUCAUCAAGGACAUGAACAUGCCAACUCGAGAGAAGUAACAGAAUGUAACGAACUGGAAGAGAAAAUUCAGAGAAUGAGAACAGAGUCCUCAGCUUCGGAAUUGCGCUUUAGACAAACAAUCACCGAUAUAGAUGGUAGAACUAUCCAGAAUGAGAUUGAGUACAGAGGAAAUCCAGAGCGAUUGCGAGGAUUGUUUGGAAACAACCCUGCCCUUGGACAAUCUGGCGGGAUGAGUCUGUCCAACUUUCCAUUCAAUUAGUCCUGGCCACGAAAUGUAAAUGCUGAUAUCUUUUGUGACAGAAAGCUGAGAAGAAACCCUCUUUGAUAAUUACAAAAGACUAAUUUGAAAGUUUUCAAUCAAAGAACAGAUUUAUGGAGAACUGUUAAGUUGAUUACUUUUCUUUGCAAAAUAAUCAUAUUAUGCAUGUUGCCUGCUAAUUUGUAUUGUGUUCAAUAUUGAUACCUGUAUUAUACUCCAAAUAAACUCUCUAAAAUGU